UGUGAUACCCCCUGCAUUUGUAUCUGCCAUGGAGAAUGAAGAAACAGGGGACCUUUUGCUACCUUGCACAUUCUGCACCAAGAAUUGCUUUGCAAUUCAUGGCAAACGCAAAGAAAGGCUUGAUGGGGUUUCCUAUUUCUUCAAAGUCAUGCUCGGAGAUUUUGCACAAAAACUGCGCAUUCCUCCUGCAAUUUACCCAGAAUUCAGAAAUGAGAUUGGUAUUGGCACAAAUGUGGUGCUGCAAGGUCCAAGCAGCCAGAGGUGGGAUGUAAAACUCUGUGGUACAGAUACUCAAAUGGAAUUUGCACAAGGUUGGGAGAAAUUUGUGCAUCAUCACAGAAUAGAGUUUGGAGAUUUUCUGGUGUUUAAAUAUAUCUACAAGUCAUGUUUCAAAGUGAGGAUUUUUGGGAGGAGUGGGUGUGAGAAAAUGUCGAUUGUUAUGGUUUCUGACAAAGAAAGGAAUAAUCGAGCACAAGCAAUCUCUGAAAUGGAAGGGAAAAAACGUCGAGGCCAGAGAACCCAACUGACUCUUGUGGAUCCUAACAAUAAGGAAUGGCAUGUACAAUACCUGGGACAUCUGGAGAGAGCUGCCCUGAGUGGGGGUUGGGGACAUUUUUUACGUGGGAAUAAUCUAGAGGAAGGAGAUGCCUGCAUCUUUGAGCAGAUAGACAAUAACAAAAAGAAAGUUAAGCUCAAAGUCCAUAUUUUUAGGGUUGUCAAAGAGUGUACUCCUUACAAGAGAGUGAACGGAAGACAACUGAACGAUAAGCUUGGCUCUGAUAAGAAUAUGAAAGCACUCAGGGAAAGCAAAAAAUGA